UCAAAGUUGCAGAGCUCCAGACAAAGAAAUCUAGAGAGAGAGCGAGGGCGAGAGGGAGCGGGAGAGAGAGAUGCCUGGGCCAGGGCCUCACAUAAUCUACACGCUGACUACAGGGAUCGGCCUCCUCCGCUUAACCCACGGCCGCUUCAGCCCCCACCACUGCGUAGUCUACCCCCUAAACGCCUUCCUCGGCCCUGACCUCGGCUCCUUCGCCCAGUGGAUCACUGAGUUCGUCCUCAACCUCGGUGGAGGUUUCGGAGAUCUCGCCAUGAGAAUUGUGCAUGACCCGUUUCUCUAUGUCCUCGUUCUUGGCCUCCCUCUGUCGUUUUCCUACUCUUGGUUGUCCAAUUGGGCUCUGCGCAGGCGAUUUCUUGAUUCUGGUUCUGGGGUUCCUCUAAACAGAAGACAAUGCCUCUUGCUGCUGGCUGCAGGUUCCCUUUCACAUUUUUUCCUGGAUCAUUUGUUUGAGGAAAAUGGUCAUUCUUCUAUGUAUACAUGGAUACUGAGCACAGGCUGGUGGGAUGGUCGAGCUCCUAUCAACCCAGAUGCUGUCAUCGUAGUUGGACUCCUGUGUACUUCUUUGCUUGGGGGAUUUAUUUACAUUAACAGGGUGAAACAAGGAGAAUCUGUAAUCACUAAAUCAAACAGAUCCUUGAUGCUUAUACUCUCAAUAGCAUGUUUAUAUUGCUUAUGGUGUGCGAGUCAGAUAUACUGGCAAGAUCCUCCUCAGCCUGCAAUUGGUGAAGAGGCAGAUCUCGGGGUUCUCUACUUCCUCUUUGUCUACUUUUUCCUCCCUCAUAGCUUGUGUAUUCUCUCAUUAAACUCCAGGGAUGAGUCUUUGGCUGAAAUUUCUAACAAACAACUCCUCCCUUUGUGACAAAAUCUAUGUAUCAUACUGUUAUGUUUUAUCCAAAGGGCUGAAGCUUGGUACAUUCAGCGGGAAUAAUUUAACUGUACUAUUAGGGGCAUACUCUUAGAGGGGCACGGUCUGCUCUUAAUGACCAUGCUUUUGCACGCCUGCAUCAGACCGAGAGAAGUUUUCCUUCAACUUGAAAGUUCAAUUUUAGAUGAAUCAUCUGGAUAAGAGAUGCAUUUGUCCCGCCAAGCGUUGUAUUUGUAUUCGACGGUAUUGUUCUGGUGUAAUUUUCUGUUGAAACAUAGUUGUAACCAUCAAAUUUUGUGUUAAUUGUAAGGAUAUGUGUUAGAAAAUGCACCGACAAGUAAAUAAGUUUGCAGUGUUAACUACGAACGUUUUCAAUUA